UACCUGCUCUCUCAAACCUUUGGCAUCUUGGACACUAUAUAUAUCCCUCCAUACCAGAGCCAUAACCAUUCAGUCCUCUUCUCCUGUCCUCACACUUGAGAAACCACUGCCAAUUGUCAAACAAUGAAAUUUAGCAUGAGAGGACAGCCAAAGGGUAUCCCAUGGCUGGUAUUGGCCAUGCUGAUUGCAACUUUCGCAAUGCUCACGGAGGGAGCUACCAGCUUGUCGCCACCUUCUCUCUCCCUAACACCAACGUAUGCUCCUGUUAUUAAGGUGAUAGGGAAGGUGUACUGCUAUAGAUGCUUCAAUGAGGCACACCCAGAAGAAUCCCAUGGGAAGGAGCACCUGAAAGGAGCAAUGGUCAAGGUUACUUGUCAGGCUAAUGACCAGGCACUGGUGGGUUUCGGCUAUACCCAAGACAAUGGCAAGUACAGCGUGAGCAUCACAGGCUUACCACUCAGCAGCACAUAUGGGGCCGACUCAUGUAAGGUUGAGCUCCAUUCAGCACCAGGAGGAUCUGACUGCAACGUGCCAAUCGAGCUAAACUUGUCUGGGCUUAGCGUUUACUCGAAGUCCAAUGAGGAAGUGGUGCUCCAAGCCAACCAAGUAAUGGCAUUCGCGUCACAGAAGACAUUUGGGUUUUGUUCGAAACCUCACAUUCAACCACCAAUUUUUCCAUACAAUUCACCACCACCGUCCCCUUACCAGUAUCCCUCACCUCCUUUCAACUACAAGUCCCCGCCGUUGCCAAAUCAGUUUUCACCCCCUCCAUUCAACAAGUUUCCACCUCCAUCUCACCAGUAUCCAUCACCUCCGCAGAGUUCCUACCAUUCACCACCACCCUAUCAGUAUACACCUCCAAACAGCUACCAAGCUCCACCAACAUCUUACAAUCACCCGCCACCCCCAUAUGGAUACAAUUCUCCGAUCCCACCAACCAACAAGUAUUUACCACCCCCAUACUACUUCAACUCCCCACCGCCACAAUACCAGCAUUCGCCACCUGCAAACAGCUAUGUAUCGCCACCACUAGCUCACCAAUAUCCCCCACCUCCAUACAAGUCACCACCAAUACCUCCUUACUACUUCAACUCUCCACCAGCAAACCAUUAUUCACCACCUCCAUACAACUUUGGAUCUUCUCCCCCAACCUACCAGUACUCUCCACCAUUGCUUCCGAAAACUCCAAAAUAUUUACCUCCUAAAGUUCCUCUUGAGAUGUCUCCACCGGCACAUGCAACAUCUCCACAGCCUCUGGUCCACUAUAGCCCUCCGCCACCACUGCAGCAUGCUGGCAUAUCAUCGACAACACCAUCUGUGAACUCCUAUCAAUCCCCGCCACCAGUAAAUCAGCUGUCAUAAGCAUCAGCGAUGAGGCUCCUGAAGUGAUCAGGCGUCUGCAGAAUAAACGGGAGACUUGAAGUCUACCUCGAGAAGAAGCAGUGGGUUAAUUCGAGUUCCAGGCAUCCAUCUCAGUAUCUAGGAUUGUUACGACAGUAACUAGUAUUGUUUCAGCUUAUAUCUCAUUGCCUAGAGCUAAUUUCAGCAGGGUAAUCAUAAGUCCAGUAAGCAUUGCCAGUGUCUCUAGUUUUCAACUGAAUUCAAUGUAUGUUGUUGGUUCCUAGCAGCCCAUAUAAAGCUUUUCUUAUGAGCACUUAUUACAUAAGAAAAUCAAUCAUAUGAGAGGAAUAUGGUUGCUUGGCUGAAUA